GCAGGAUUAAAAGUCACAAUCUGAUUGGUGAUUGGAUUUCGUCAGUUAAGCAAUACAAAAUGCGUGGGUCAGUUGAGGCUGUGUUCUGAAGUUACCUGUGAGAAAGAAGCGUUUAUUGCACACAUUUUAAUUAUGAUUCAUUUAUUAUUAGAAAUUAUUCAUGUUUCAUUAUUUGUUACUUUUAAUUUGGUGGCGAUACAGGCGCAAAGUAUAUUCAAAGAACAUGGCGGAGUACUUGGCGUCGAUUUUCGGCACUGAGAAAGACAAAGUAAAUUGCUCGUUUUAUUUUAAAAUUGGGGCUUGUCGGCACGGAGAGCAGUGCUCCAGACUUCAUAAUAAACCGUCAUUUGGUCAGACCAUACUUCUUCAAAACCUCUACAUCGCCCCUCAAAACACAGCUCAAAGUGCAGAUGGUUCUCACAUUAAUCUUACAGAAGUUCAAGCUCAACAGAUUUUCGACGAAUUUUUCGAGGAGGUGUUCGUUGAAUGUGAGGAGAAGUAUGGAGAAAUAGAAGAGAUGAAUGUCUGUGAUAACCUUGGUGACCACUUAGUUGGAAAUGUGUAUAUAAAAUUUAGACGAGAAGAAGAUGCUGAAAAAGCUGUUCAAGACUUAAAUGAACGUUGGUUUGGUGGCAGACCAGUUCAUGCAGAGCUUUCUCCUGUUACUGACUUUCGUGAAGCAUGCUGUCGUCAGUAUGAGUUGGGGGAAUGCACAAGGGGUGGAUUUUGCAAUUUCAUGCAUUUGAAACCUAUUUCUAGAGAACUUUGUCGUAAGUUGUAUAACAGAAGCAAAAAGCGAUACGGACGAAGACGGCGGUCACGUUCUCGUUCAACGUCCAAGAGUAGGCGUCGACGCUCAAGAUCAACUGGUCGGAGUUCAAGACGUUAGGAUAAUGGAUACAUACCUUGUUUCUUGUAUAUGAAUUGCCUUCCACAAAUGUCGUCCUAUGGUUGCAAAUAUUUGAACACAAUGUCAGCUAUGUAAAUUUUUAUGGUUUACUUAAUGAAGUUUUUUAUUGAA